AACUCAAAACCCUCCGCACUCCAUUCCUUUUCCCAUUCCCAUUUAAAGAAUCCAACCCCCGAUUUUCUCUCUCGACCCAAACACCUCACUGACUCUCUUCCCUCUCAAUCAUUCAAUCAAUCAGAAGAAGAAGAAGAGGAAGGAGGACGAAAUGCUAAUGCCAACCAUUUUGAAAAGGAUUUUCCUUAUUUACAACCUCCUCCUCUAUUUUGUCCCCAAGAAGCUCAGACCCUUCCUCCCCUCCCCCUCUUGGUUCUGCUCCGCCGUCUCCGGCACAGCCAACGGUAACGUUGUGCUCCUCCCCUCCCCUUCCCUCCGGGCCCGCAAAGCCACCGUCAUGGACCCCACCGAGCUCAGGCGGGUCUUCCAGAUGUUCGACCGCAACGGGGACGGCAGUAUCUCCAAGAAGGAGCUGGCCGACUCUCUCGAGAACCUCGGCAUCUUCAUCCCCGACAAGGAGCUCGAGGACAUGAUCCGCCGGAUCGACGCCAACGGCGACGGCUGCGUCGACAUCGAAGAGUUCGAGGCCCUCUAUCGCUCCAUCAUGGACGAGCGGGAUGAGGAGGAGGACAUGAAGGAGGCCUUCAACGUCUUCGACCAGAACGGCGACGGCUUCAUCACCGUCGACGAGCUCAGGUCCGUGCUUGCCUCUCUCGGUCUCAAGCAGGGCAGGACCAUCGAGGACUGCAAGCGGAUGAUCAUGAAGGUCGACGUGGACGGCGAUGGCCGGGUCAACUACAAGGAGUUCAAGCAGAUGAUGAAGGGCGGAGGAUUCAGUGCUCUGAGCUGAUCAUCAAUCAAACCGGGGAAAAAAAAAAACACGAAGUUUGGAACAAUAUGCGCAUUGGUGAAAAUUUUUUCCCUCUUUUUUUUCGAUUUCUCUCUUUAUUAAAUUUUUUUUAGCAGCAUGUAAAUAUUUUUGGAGAGGGAAGGUGUACUACCAAAGUCGUCUAUAGAGCUCCUGCCGAGCAGAUCUCAACCGCUAGAUCUGACAUCCUUAACGAACCCGAUGAUUCGACCUGAUCCGAGUAUGGACGUUGGACAAUACGGUGGCGAGUUUUGACUUUUUUUUCGUGGGUGUCUUGACAAGUGGCAUCAUCGGGUUGGUCUAGAAGAAAGCAGCUAUUGUCGGACCCAAUGGAAUGUUGCCUCGUGGAAAAGCAGAAAUCCGUCCCCGGGGGAGGGAGGGAGAGGGGUUGAAAUGUGAAGGCGGGCAGGUUGGUUGGGGGAGCCAGCCAUUUGUUACACAAACAAAAGGACCGAUCUGUACUUGCUUUUGGGACUUUAAUUCAUAUCCAAUUUUUGUCUAUUGUUUUGUCUGUUUUGCUCUUUGUUCUCUAUGGCUGUCAACGUAGAUAGAUAUUCGUUCAAGUUUUAUUAUCUUUUUCAUGAUUAAUGAUUCUUUUGGAAAUUACUUGUUCUGUUGCAAUUGAGUUCCAAUUCCGUUUCA